GUUUAACAAUUGUUUACAACGGAUAUUCAAUUAAUGAAAUUAAAUGAUUUUGCCAUUGCAUACGUAAAUAUAACAUUUGUACAAGUAAAGUUAUGAAUGAGGAAUUAUAAGACUGAACUUGGAGAGCACUGCCAACUGUUGAUUGGAUUCUGUUGGAUGAUGCACAAAAUUCCAAAAUAAUUUCAGAGGACUUGAGAUUGAAAUGUAAGCUGUUUGAGACAAGCAGGUGAAAAAUGGAUGAGGCAAACUGUCUGGUCAGUCCAUGUAAGAAGCUGAAACUUGAACCAGUCAAAGAUGACAACACAGCAGAACUUAAAAGAGAAGCAGAUAAACUGGAAAGCAGCAUUGAUAAACAUGAAAAGGACGAUUUCAUCCAUGCAAAGGAUACUUCUAUUCAAGGUUACAAUACAUGUACACCAGAAAAAUCAGUUGGUGAGGUAAUAGAUGUAUAUGAUAACCUACAAACUGAAAGAGUAAGUGAGGAAGUAGACAUGAUGGAAAAAGAAGUAACCAAUUUUACAACUGACCAACAUCAUUUACAACAUAACACACAAAAGUAUAUUGACAAUGCUACUGCAAUUUUGUUAAAGGGCAAUAAUAAGCCGAACAGUGCAGAAGAAUUUGAAGCUUUGAUUUCUUUGUGUGAACAAAAUGAUGGAAGCGAGAACUUGACAGUGCCAGUUGCUUCGAAUAAUGAGCCUCUUAACGAUUCUCCAGAUGUGCACAAAUUUCAGAUUCCUAUACUUGGAGAGCCAGAUACUUCUGAAGACUUUCAAGAAACUCUUGAUGUAGUUAAUGCAUGCACACAAGAGAUAAAAACUUUGAUUGAAAACAGGAAGACUGAAGUAGAGGUAAUAUGCUCAAGUGUAGAUGUUAGUGCUAUCAUUAAACAAAUGGAAACUGUGUAUCAAAAGACAAAGGUUUCAGAUAGUGAAGGUGUAUUUGAAGAGCUUCCAAAAUCAGGUUCAGGUACAGAUUUAGAUGCAAGUAUGACUAGUGAAAGUACAGAUGAUUUAAACAGCUCGGUUAAAACAAUUACAGAUGUGUCGGUUCAAAAUGAAAAUUGUGAAAAAAUAGAUGGCCAAGAACAAGAUGCUAAUGAUUUGAAUAAUGAUAAUGAAGAAAGUUUAGAUGAUACAAUUCAUGUAAACUGUGAGAGUCAAGAGGGGCAUUAUGAACAUGUUUAUGCCAAUGUUGUUAUCAAAUGUUCAGAGAAAGGACAUGCUGAAUCUAACAGAGAAAACAGAUUAAAAGAUCUGGCUUUAAGUGAAGCAACAGACAUUAAAGAUAGAUGGAUAAAUGUGUCAGAUGAAGAAAAGGCAAAAAAUGAUAUAUCUCAACACAAUAUGGAACAUAACAGUAUACUUGAACGAACUAUUGGAGAAGGCAAAGAAUGUGAUGAAAACGCUUCUAAUUAUUUCUGUGUUGUUGAAGCUAAUAACUUUGAAGGGACAUAUAAUGGUGAUAAAGACGAAGAUAAAACAGAACAUUUUGAAAGUGAUUUGACACUUUUAGAACCAGUACACUCCGAAAUGGUGUCACUGACUAUGUCUAGACUUCAUACAAUAGCACAACCGCUGUGUGCUUCAACACCUGUUCCACCAAAUAACACAGACAUGUCAGAAAUGUUUGAAAAUGAACAUAAAAAGUUAUAUCCAACAUUUGCAAUAACAAAACAACCAGUGGUGACAAAUCAGGCAAAAACACAGGGUAAUUCAGAGCCUCUUUGUACUUCAACACCUGUGGUAAAAUCAGUUCAAGGUUUAAGGAUGAGAGAUAUGAACAUUAUGAGAGACACGGAUGAAAAGAAACAUGUGAAGUUUGCUCAGAAAAUUGAUACUAAAAUGGUUGCUGUUAAUUUAAAAGAAGACGUUGCAAAUGAAAAUGAUAUGCAAGAUUAUGAAAACUACACAGUAGCUAAAAAUAAUGAAAAGAAUUCGAAAAAAGAAAGCCAGGUUGUAAGAGGAACAUUUAAAAGGGAUAGAGAGUCUAAAAGAGAGAAGAAAAAGAUGAAAGGUGUAAGAGUAGAAAAAUUCAAAGAGUACAUGGGACCAGGAUUAACAUCUGGAAUAACUUCUGAAAAUACUUCUGAAGCAGUCGAUUCAUCCAACAAAAAUCUAGUCAAGAACUCUGAUAUAGAGACAUGUACAUUAACAGAAUAUAAAGGCUUUGGUUUGACUGGACCUCUUCCAGACAAGCCAUUGCAGACCAGUACGCCAUUACCACCCAAGGUAGUGGACUCAAACAAAGUGGUUCAUUUUGAUCCAAAUUGUAAAAAUGAUGGCAGUGCUACCUCAUUAAAGAGGUGCAUAUCUGGAGUAAGUCUUGGUGGGAGACCCGCUGGCACUGAAGGACUGCUGUCAGAUCAGCUAACAAGUGACAAAGUAGAAACUUUAGCACAUGGGAACAAUAUGCAACCUUGUAUUGGUACAGGACAGAAACUGAGGCAGACUGUGAGUGAAUCCAAAUUUGGGCAGAAAGCCAAUUCAUGUUUAGCUGAUUUAAAUACCAGAACUUUAACUCGGCAUACAAGUGAUCUUGGUCCUCAUGGUUACAACAAGCAAAACAGACUAACUGGCUGGCUUGCAUCAGUUCAGGCCCACAAGACACCACUGGCAGCUCUCUCAGAACAUGGUGAACCAGCUGCAACUGCUACGCUGAGACCAGACGAGGCUUAUCCAAGUGUGACAGCGGUCAAGGGUGAUAACUCUGAAAGUAACAGCAAUGCAGACAAAUCAGACAAGAGUGAAAAGAUGAUGGUGGAUCCUAAAGUUCUUCAAAACUCAGGUCAAUUGAAGGUAUCUGCUUAUAUGAACUUUGGUCUUCUCACUGUCCAUGUUAUACAAGGAAGACAACUCUCUACAAAAUGGAAAAACUCCUGUGAUUCUUUUGUGAAGUUGAGUUUACUGCCUGAUGAUGGAAAGAAGCCCAAAUGUAAGACUGAAGUUGUUCAAGACACCAACAACCCUCUGUAUGACGAGAAAUUCUCCUUUGAGUUGAAUGAAGAAGAUCACAAUAAGAGAUUAAUGGUAUCUGUCUGGCAUAGAGACACUCUGGCUGGUGUGAAUGAGUUCCUUGGCUGUAUGUCAUUUGGUAUCCGGCAUCUGACCAACCCCAAGAAGGAAGUGAAUGGCUGGUAUUACCUACUUACUGAAGACGUUGGACGUAAAAAGCAUCUUCAGGUCUCUCACAGACAAUAUCCACAGUUGAAAAUCAGAAAUCAAUCACAUAUUCCCUCAGUGAACAAAGAUGUAUGGGGAACAGAAUCGUUGAGCCUGACUUUACACCGAGGGAAGACAGGAUUUGGCUUCUCUGUGAUUGAGGCUUGUCCUGUGCGUGUGGGACGUGUUGAUGGAGCAUCACCAGCCGAGGCAGCCGGUCUCCAGCCAGGAGACAUCAUCAUCAGACUAAACAAACAGAAUGUGUCUAGAUCUACUGCUACAAGUGUAGCUAAACUUAUCAAACACAGUAGUAAUACAAUGGUAUUAGAGCUUCACCGACCGAGGCCAGUUACAUACGAGCACCUGGAGAACUCUCCUUUAUCCAGCACAAAUACAGACACCUGUAACUAUGGAAAUGACAUCACACAUAACAACUACAGAGAUCAGUCUGUACCACAGAUAUAUACACUGAAUGAUGACGAGGACAAGGAAAAUGAGGUCUCCAUCGAGGACCAGACCCUAUACCCCAUCAACCCUCAUAUAGCCUCCCUUGCCACCAGUACACCUCUACCAUUGCUAGCCAGAGGACAUAGGACUGUUCAAACUUGUGAAGUGCGUAAACAAGAGGCUAUUCAUCGUCUUCUGAGUCUGGAACUUGACUUCAUAGAUCUGAUGCAUGCUGGUAUGCAACGUUAUUCCCGCCCACUGCGUCAUUGUAUCCUCAGUCACUCCCAUCAUGCAGCACUCUUCCAAAAUAUUGAAAAGUUGGUGACAAUAUCUGAGUAUCAUGUGAAGCAGAUGCACGAUAAUGCACCGUCAUCUUUUAUAUCUGAAGACGAUACUGACACUUCCGGCUCUAGCGACAACCACAACUUUAUCCAGUCAAUAGGUCUUAUUUACCAGUCCAAAGUUCACAUGUUGUGCCAAGCCUAUGACCUCUAUGCCAAGGGCAUCAGUGCAGCAAAUCAACUUCUCUCAGAAUUACGUAGAAAUGAAGAUUUUGUGAGAUUUGUCCGUGACCCACCACUGGAGGGCAAUCAACCAAGUAUCAGCACAUUCAUAUACCGCCCAGUCCAACAUGUCCGAGAGUUAUACAAGGUGAUACAAGAGGUGUUCAGCAACACAUCGACAGACAGCUCAGAUUAUAACAGCCUGAAGGAGCUUGUUGAAGUUUUACAAGAAUGUUCAACAAAUAUUACCAACUACAGCUGUGAGCGAGUUGAAAGUUUGACCUCUCUGACCUCUAGAGAUUCCAAGGUCAGCUUUACAGCAAGUAUGAAGUCAAGGUCGUCAAGUACUUCCUGCAGCAGUGCUUCCUCUAAAGGUCAAGGUCACUUGUUACAGACGAGUAAAGGAGUAGACCAUGAAGUGAUGAAAAUACAGGAUAGACUUGUGUUCCCAUCCAAUGUUCCCGUUUUCCAGCUGUGCCAGGAUGAUCGCCAUUUGAUAUUUUCUGGAGAAAUGUUUAAAAGGGAAGGUCAGCAAUGGAUGAAAAUACAUGUGUAUUUGUUCACAGACCUUAUUUUACAGACUGUUAAAGAAAGUGACGGUUAUCUCAAGGUCAUUCAGGAACCUACAAUGUUACGGGAUAUCGCUGCCAUGGAUUCCCAAAGACAACACAGUACUGACUUUGUACUGUACUGUAAUCCAAGACUUCAAGAUUCAAGGCAUUCUGGGAAAAGGAAACUGAAUUUCAGAGCGCCAUCUACUGAGCAGAAGAUGGCGUGGAAGAGUUUGGUAGAACAGCGUGUAUUUGCUGUACGUGGUACAAUGGACUAUUACAGUAGCACGAGUGAUGUUUCAAGUAGCUCGGCUUCAGCCAUUGUAAUAUAGAGCAUAACAGUUUACAUGUGACAAACACUCAUUGCUUACAAUACAAACAAACUGUCUCGUUGGAAACACUAGAGAAAUUUACUUCUGCCAGUAAAAUGUGCAAUGUUAUUUAAUUCUAGAGGACUUGGCUAAUAAGAAAAUAUGGCGUCUCAUUAGACUUUACGUUAAAUGUAGACUAUUUUAGUGUGUUACAGAAGAACUAGUGCAUUUAGACUAAAUCUGAAAGGACUUGAGUGUAUCUCUACAGAAUUUGAUCUCCGAGAGCCAUAUAGAACUUAGUGAGCUUCUUGGACUUCCUAGUGAAGCAAAGCUGUGACUUUAACAUUAGUGCCAGUAUUUCUUUAAGUGAUGAAGUUGUGUUAUGUUGUUAUGAUUUUAUAUUACCAGUUAAAUGUGAACACUGUGUCAUGUAAAACUACAAGUUUUUGUGCAUCAACUGUUGAAUAGACUUUAAAAUCUGUGAAAGCAUUUUCAGUGACUGCAUGUAUGUUUUAAAAUGUAAAAAUGAGAUUAGCUAGUAUAACUAACAUAAUGCCACAGAUAUAGAUGGUAUAUGUGCUAUGUUCUUUAUUAACAAGUUAUAAAAAUGUUCUUUGAUCCAAACACCUUACAAAACCUUACAGCUGUAUAAAGUGUAAAUAGAAAGAUUUCUUAAAGUAUAUUCUUUGAUACAUAUCUAUCUUCCCUGUCCUGUAUAAAUAUGUUUGUGAAAAUAUGUUUGUACUAAUAUCUUUGUUUAUUUGACUGUGUAUUUAAAACUGUGUUUCGUCCUUUUUUCUUUCUAUCUUUUACACUCUACCUAUUGUAUCUGUUGUCUCAUGAUUUACUUCCUGUUUCGUUGUAUGUUAAUGUAUUCUCCCUUGACUUGGUAUUUAUAUUGAUAAAUACAUCCUAAUAAAAUGAUAUAGAA